AUGUCGUAUUUACAGCAGCAGAUCAACAACUUCAACGCCAGCGUUGUUUCAUCUGCUGGCCGACUCCCACAGCAGAAGCGAGUCGCGGCCACCAGCCUGCCGGGCUCGUCAACUCCUUCGCAUGUUGCGUCUACGCCGAGCACGCCGGGCACUGCGAGCGAUCACCGACGUCGUCAUGAUGCCAACAUUGUAUACUCGCAGCCUGCAGACACGGGGACGGGGAAGGAUAUUAUGACGAACGUCCUUUAUGCGAUACAAAAACUAAAGGAAAAAAACGCGCCCCUCUCGUUUGAGGACAUUGUCGGUUACCUCUCGCUGCAAGAACGGCGGCACGAUCAGGGCUAUGUGCGUGCGUUGCGUAGUAUCCUGCAAGUUCAUGAAAAGAUCAACUACGACCCAAACGGAGACAACGGAAAUGGCUCGUUCAGUUUCCGGCCGCCGCAUGAUAUUCGCACGGGAGAACAGCUGCUCCAGAAGCUGCAGGCGCAAACUACGAUGAGCGGUAUCUCCGUCAAAGACUUGAAAGAGGGCUGGCCGGAUGUGGAGCAGGCAAUCGAUGCACUCGAAAAGGACGGGAAGCUUCUUGUGACGCGGAAUAGAAAGGACAAUCAUCCAAGGAUGGUUUGGGCCAACGAUCCCUCGCUCGUGCACCACUUUGACGACGAAUUUCGCCACAUCUGGGAGAAGACCAAGAUUCCAGAGCAACAGCGCGUGGUUGAAGAGCUCGAAAAGGCGGGAAUGAUCCCAGCGAAUAAGAAUAAAGUUGUGAAGCCGCGGGUGAAGAUUGAGCAGAAGAAGACCAAGAAGCCCCGACGAACUGGCAAGACCACCAACACGCACAUGAUGGGGAUACUACGGGAUUAUUCGCAUAUGAAACGGUAG